AUGGUGCUCGCCAUAUUUUUACCUGAGCCUACUCAGUCACCACAGAAGCAGCUGGAAGCUGAAGAACGGGCAAGAUCACAGCAGACCUCCUCGCUGGUCUCCUGUCGAAGAGAGCCUCCAGGAUAUGGGUUCAGGAAAAGCUGGAUUCCACACAUGCUAGAGGAUUUUGGAGAUGGAGAUGCUUUCCCAGAAAUCCACGCGGUCCAGUAUCCUCUGGACGUGGGGCAAAGAAACAAAAUGUCGAAUGCACUGGCCAUUCAGUUGGAUCCUGAAGGGAACCUUAAAUGUGAUGCCAUCGUUCUACAUGGAGCGUCCAAAGACAAGGUCAUUUACAGCGAACACACUGACCUGGCUCCAAAGGAGGUUCUGGAUGCAGACGGCCCAGACCUGCGAAGGCCAGGUGAAGAGACCAUUACAGAGAUCACAGAGAAGACAAGGGUGGUCUUGCAGAAGAUAAUAUCAAAGGCUGCCGCCGCCAUGCCAUUUCACAUAGGUGACAAGCUGGCUCCUGCUCAGUAUGUGCGCUACACGCCAUCUCAGCAAGGAGGAGCGUUCAGUUCUGGAGCUAAACAGAGUGUCGUGCGGAUCUCAGAAAUGCAGAAAGACCCAGUGGAGCCUCCAAGAUUCCAGAUGAGUAUGAAAAUUCCUCGUGGACCACCUUCUCCUCCGGCACCUGUCAUGCACUCUCCCACGCGGAAGACGACUGUUAAAGAACAGCAGGAGUGGAAGAUCCCGCCUUGUAUACCCAACUGGAAGAACUCGAAGGGUUAUACGGUCCCAUUGGAGAAACAGGUGGCUGCUGAUGGAGGAGGGUUGCAGCCUACACCUGUAAAUGGAAAGUUUGCCAGACUGGCAGAAGUGGUAUACCUUGCUGAGCGCAAGGCUCGUGAAAAUGUGCAAAUGCGAGCCCAAUUGGAGAAAAAGAAGGCUCAAAGAGAAAAAGAGAAACACGAAGAGAAGCUUCGAGAAAUGGCCCAGCGAGCCAGGGAGAGGAGAGCCGGGAUGAAACCCCAUGGGAAAAAAGAGGACGGAGAGGCCCGAGAAAGGGAUCAAGUCCGCCAUGACAGGCAGAAAGAGAGGCAGCGGGACCGGAACCUUUCCAGGGCAGCGCCCCAGAAGAGGUCAAAGCCACGGAGAAAUGAAAUUCGAGAUAUCAGUGAAGUCAUUGCUCUUGGUGUGGUCAAUUCCGGAACCUCCAAUGAAGUCCAGUAUGACCAAAGGCUCUUCGACCAAUCCAAGGGUAUGGACAGUGGGUUUGCAGGUGGAGAAGACAGAAUUUACAAUGUUUAUGAUCAGGCCUCGAGAGGUGGCAAAGAUGCGGCUCAGAGUAUCUACAGGCCCAGUAAAGGUCUGGACAGGGACAUGGACGCUGAUGACCUCCGGACCAGGUUGAAGACCAACAGAUUCGUUCCCGGGAAGGCGUUCUCUGGUUCAGACAGUAGACAGACAGGCCGAGAAGGACCAGUAAAAUUUGAGCAGGAUCCUUUUGGUUUGGACAAGUUCUUGGCAGAAGCAAAACAGCAUGGCGGUUCUAAAAGACCCUGGGAGAGCAGUCACCCCAAGGAACUGGGCCAGGAAGGCAAGAAGCCGAGGAAGGGGUAG